AUGGGGCUAGGAGCUCUAGCGUUGGCUGUUUUAUCGUUUCAGGGGUACACUUAUUAUCCCCAGAUAAAAUAUCAAAUUGGGAAGAUCUUUUUUAGUCAAAAUGAGGUCUUUGAUGUUGAAUCAGGAAAAGAGCUUGAUGAAUUUGAGAAAAGCAAAAGAAAAAAUGAUUUAAAGAAGAAAAAAGCAGAAUUCAAUGCUUAUUUGAAUAUAAUUAACUCUAGUGAAAGCGAUUCCAAUGUUCCUGGUCUUUAUCUUUGGGGUUCAAAUUUAAAUGCCACUAUUGCUCCUGAUCAUAAAUCUUUGAAAAAUGUCAAAGUUCCAAUCAGAUUAAAAUACUUUGAGGGUAUGGUUUUAAAGGAUGUUAAAUUAGGCCAUCAAAGUGCUUAUGCUAUUGACGAAAAUGGUGAUUUACACCAAUGGGGAAAUGGAUUUAACUUAGAAAAUCCAUCUCCUUCAUUGAGCUUAUCCAAACAAAAAAUCAGCAAGGGAGAGCUUAGUAAUGGUUGUUUAUAUUUUUUAAAUAAUAAGAAUGAAUUACUUAUACUACCAGAAAACAAAAAAUUGCAAGAUUCAAAUAUUGAAACAACAAAGCAGUCUUUCACAAAAUUAGCCACUAAUGAUGUAUUUUCAUGGGGAGAAAAAAUUGUCGAUUUCAAAACAGGUCUUGAGCAUUUAAUAGUUUUAACAAAUAAAGGGAAAGUGUAUUCUUCGGCUACGGGCUUGAAAUUAUCUUCCAAAUCAUUUGGUCAAUUUGGAUUGCCCGAAUUUUCUCAUUUUGAUUCACCACCUGAACCCAAUAAGCUUUAUGAAAUCAAAUUAUUAAACUAUCAAAUUGAAAAAAACCAUAAAACUGGCAAAGUCAAAUCGAUAAAUCAAAGAGUAAUAGAGCAAGUUGCUUGUGGAGAUUAUCAUACUCUCUGUAGAGACUUUGGCGGUUCAGUUUGGUCAUUUGGAAGAAAUACCUAUGGUGAAUUGGGUUUACCUGUUGCAUAUGAUAGUGAAUUUAUUCCAUUUCCCAAAAGAAUAGAGUUAUUUAAUAAACAUUUUACAUCAGAUAACCAUGCUAUUUGCACGAACAUUGAGGCCGGUGGAGCUACUUCUUUUGCUACUUUCAAGACGCAAGAUAUUCGCAAAAUGUUUAUGGAACACUUUAAUAAAGACAAGAUUUCGUAUAAUAACGAUAGCGACAAAGAAGCUGAAGAAAAUGUCAAACCAGGAGAUUUAUUUCAUUUUUCAUUCGGAAAUGGGUUAUAUGGACAGCUAGGCAAUGGUCGAUAUAUUCACUCUAAUGCAGAACCAACGAAAAUCCGAACAUUGAUGGACAUGAAGGAAUUCAAUGAAUCAGAAGAGAUGAUCAAAAACAUACCAGUAAAGAAUUGGUCUGCAGGAUCUAACCAUGCCUUUGUUAAAUUGGAUAAUAAUGAUAUUUAUGGAUGGGGAUCAAACGAGUUUGGACAGUUAGGAAAUGGUAAAAGAGCCAAGUCGCCCAAACCAAUUUCGAUUCCAACAUUAAUAGAACCACACAGCAAAAUCAAUUACAAAAAAUAUAUGAAUCAAUCUGGAUUUAACCCAUGGAACAACAGAUUGCAACUAUUUACUAAUAAGGAGUUGGUAUUUAAAAACCCUAAUGGAAAGACUAUAAAGGGCAAAUUCGACCAGGUUUUGGCUGCUGGGUACAACUCAAGUGCAAUCUACUAUGCUCGUUCUUAA